AUGGGUUCGUGUUUGUCGAAAGGUCCAGAACCUAAGCCAACACCUUCCAAGGUGAAUAGCAAACCAUCGAAUGGUAAAAUUACUGCUGAAAAACGACAAGACCAGAAGGCCGCAUUGAAUGCUGGAAGCAAUGGAAAUGCCAACGCCACUUCAAAUGGGUCUAAGGUAGAAACUCCAAUUAAAUCUACUGGACAAAGUGACUCUGGGCCAACUGUUCUGACAUCCAAUGGCACUAGUAAUAUCAAAGAAAGUUUAUCAGAUAAUCCAACCUCAGCUAUAGCUGCAAACAAUGGGAAUUCAAAUAUUGAUGGUCUUGAUUCCAAUGGAAGUUCUGAUAAACAAGUUAAAGUUUUAUUACUUGGUUCAGGAGAAAGUGGGAAAUCUACCAUAGUUAAACAAAUGAAAAUUUUACAUCAAAAUGGUUAUUCAAAGGAUGAAAUAAUUGAAUAUAAACCAUUUGUAUAUCGAAAUGUUUUGGAAUGUAUCAAAAACAUUAUAAAUGCCAUCAUUGAUUUGGAACCUCAACUCAUCAAAAAUGAAGCUGAUAGUAAACUUAAAGCAGUCAAAUCAUUGGAAGGUGUUGCAAUUGAUGGAGAUGCUACUUUAUCUGAUACUCAAUCACAAGAAAGUUUACAAGGAUAUGAAAAUGGUAAACCUGCUAGUAGAAGAGAAAUCUUAAAUUAUGAUGACCUAAACAAGAUUUUGGAUUAUGAGUUCACCAUGAAUACUGAAGAUGUAUUUGACGCUAAUAUUGCGCAACUCAUCAUAAAUGUCUAUAACACUCCUGAAGUGAGAGAUUUUGUCAAGUUUCAACAGGGGAACUUUUACUUGAUCGAUUCAACUCAUUAUUUCCUUAAAGAUGUUAAAAGAAUUGCCGCUCCUGGUUAUAUACCCUCUGUCAAUGAUAUCUUACGAACUCGUAAGAAAACAUCGGGUAUUUUUGAUUUCAAGUUUCAAAUGAGUAGUGGGUUGAAUAUUCAUAUGUAUGAUGUUGGUGGACAAAGAUCAGAAAGAAAGAAGUGGAUCCAUUGCUUUGAUAAUGUUACUCUCAUUAUUUUUUGUGUGGCAUUGUCUGAAUAUGAUCAAGUUUUAUUGGAAGAAAACUCUCAGAAUAGAUUGGAAGAAUCUUUGACUCUUUUUGACUCAGUGGUAAAUUCUAGAUGGUUUUCUAGAACUUCUAUUGUGUUGUUUUUAAAUAAAAUUGAUGUAUUUGCUGAAAAAUUACCUUACUCUCCAUUGGAAAAUCAUUUCCCAGAUUAUACUGGAGGUAAUAAUAUCAACAAGGCAGCAAAAUAUAUCUUGUGGCGUUUCACUCAAGUGAACAGAUCAGGUUUAAAUAUUUUCCCUCAUGUCACCCAAGCAACUGAUACAUCUAACAUCCAAUUAGUCUUUGCCGCCGUGAAAGAGACUAUCUUGGAAAACUCUUUGAGAGACAGUGGACUCUUAUAA